GAGCAAUAAUUUAAUAUCAAAGUACCCUUGAUAUUUAAGGCCUAAACUAUGAAAUAUUUGUUCAUACUUCAUACAGUUCAAAUAUUUGACUAAAUGAACAAUAACCUUCCAGUUAUUUGUGCUGGGCUGGUCCUGAGCUAAUAGUCUCGGGCCUACUUUCCCUGUGAAGUUUUCCACAUAUUUUAGGUCUCUCACUUACACUAAUAAACCCGAGUCAUCUGCUGUGAAAUUCAUUCACUGAUGACGACGAGUUACGCUGCCCUAUGUCAUGGUUUCAUUCAUUCAUAAUUUCAUAUACAAGUAAUCUUUCUUUGCUUUCGUUCAGUGCAAUUUUCUUCAUCCAUUACUCGGAUAACUCUUUUUUUUUGGGUUAAUUUUGUUUUAAAACAGUAAUUGUUAGUGAAUAGGGUACUUUUUCCACCAAAUUUCAACAAAUUCUAUUGGCACUGCAAAAGAAAACAGGAACAGGCUUAUUGAAAUUCAUCCAGACGCAGCUACCAUUUGGAAGCUCCAUCUUUCAAGCUUGAAUGUUGAACCUUUCUUUUGUUGAGGAAUAAAAAAAAGGCUUACGAUUAUAAUUGAAGGAGAAGAUGAUCUAAAUGCAACAAGUGGCACUCGGUAUCAAGCCAGAAACAAAAGGAUCAAAAGCAAAAACACUAAACACAACCUGAUGGGUAGGAUCAUGGGAGCGACCUUACUUCUCUGGUUUCUAAUCACUGCAACCACUAGCAUUAGCUUGUGUAAUGGGAACCCUGGUGUGGCUUGCAAAGAAAGUGAAAGACUAGCACUUCUGAUGUUGAAGCAAGAUUUUACUGAUCCUUCAAAUCGGCUUUUGUCAUGGGCAGGUGAAGGAGACUGUUGCCAUUGGACUGGAGUUGUCUGUGAUAAUGUAACCGGUCACAUACGCGAGCUCCACCUUGGAAAUUACUCUAAUCUCAACUCUUUCUCUUACUUGGGAGGUAAGAUAAAUCCUUCUCUGCUCAAUUUAACGCAACUAACCUACUUGGACCUGAGUAACAACUUUUUCCAAGGAAUGCAGAUCCCUAGCUUCUUUGGUUCUCUUAAUAGUUUAACUCAUCUUGACCUUUCAAGAAGCUUCGAAGGAAUGGUUCCUCCUCAACUGGGGAAUCUCUCGAAUCUACGUGAUCUACGUCUCAGUGGUUAUGGUUUGAAGGCUGAGAACCUUCAAUGGAUUUCUGGUCUUUCUCAGUUGGAACACCUGGACGCGAGUUUUCUUGAUCUUAGCAAAGUAUCUGAUGAUUGGCUGCCAGUGAUACAGAUGCGGCUCCCCUCUUUGGUAGAGUUGCAUAUGUCAGCUUGCAGUCUCCAUUACAUUCCCCAUUUAACUAUCAUCAAUUUUACUUCACUUGCCAUCCUCGAUCUUUCUUUCAACAGCUUUAAUUCUUUCAUGCCUAAGUGGGUUUUCAGUUUCAGAAAUCUGGUGUCUCUUUCUCUUAGAGAUUGUGGUUUCCAAGGUCCAAUUCCUAGCAGUAGGAGCCCACACAAUAUCACAUCUUUCAGGGAGAUUGAUCUCUCAAUUAAUCACCUUAGGGAUCCGAUACCGAAAUGGCUGCUCAACAACAAAGACCUUACUGUACUUGAUCUAGGAUACAAUUCUUAUACAGGACCAAUUCCAGGUGGCAUUGUGAAUAUGACUAGUCUUAAGGAUCUUCAUCUCGAGUCUAAUUCUUUCAUCUCUACCAUACCUGAAUGGUUGUCUAGUUUUAAUAAUCUUGAAUCCUUGGAUAUUUCUAGCAAUCACUUGCAUGGUGAAAUUUUGAGUUCCAUUGGAAACUUGACAUCCAUUGUACAUCUUGGUUUAGGUUUUAAUCAGUUUGAAGGGACAAUCCCAAACUCCUUGGGCAAUCUGUCUUCCUUAGAGUCAUUACAGAUUUCAUACAAUUCGUUUCAUGGAACUCUUCCAGAGACCAUUGGCCAACUCAAAAGGCUAACAGCUUUGGAUAUAUCUUUUAAUUCAUUUGAAGGUGUAGUGUCUGAAGUUCAUUUUACACAUCUUACUAGUUUAAAAUCCUUCAGAGCACAUGGAAACUCAUUGACUCUAAAAACUAGUAGAGACUGGCUUCCUCCUUUUCAACUUCAAAGCUUGUAUUUAGAUUCUUGGCAUUUGGGGCUUGAACUGCCUUCAUGGCUUCGAACACAAACACAAUUGCUGGAGCUAAGCCUAUCGGGUACAGGAAUUUCAGGCACCAUUCCGAAUUGGUGUUGGAACUUUUCUUCCGCACUAGUUUUCCUGGAUCUGUCCAACAAUCAAUUACAUGGGGAGAUUCAAUAUAUAAAUGUUGGCGCCCCAUUCUCAAUAAUUGACCUAAGUUCAAACCAGUUCAACGGUUCAUUGCCUCUUGUCUCCUCCACUAUAGAACUACUGGAUCUUUCGAAUUCUUCAUUUUCUGGAUCUCUGUUCCACUUCUUUUGUGAUAGGAUGGACAUACCAAAAAAGCUCUAUUUUCUUCAUCUAGGGAACAAUCAUCUCAGUGGUGAAAUUCCUGAUUGUUGGAUGAAUUGGCUUAAUUUGCAAGCCAUAACAUUAGGUAACAACAAUUUGACUGGAAAAAUUCCAAGCUCCAUUGGACACUUGCACAUUCUGGAAUCAUUGCACUUGCGCAACAAUCACCUUUCUGGAGACCUACCUCAAUCCUUGCAGAACUGUACACAAUUGUUAGUAGUUGACCUUGGUAAAAAUAAGCUCUCUGGAGGCUUGCCUAUAUGGAUGGGGAAAAGCUUUCCAAACUUGGUGGUUCUUAGCCUUCGGUCAAAUAUGUUUCAAGGAGUCAUUUCGGAUCAACUUUGUAAUAUAAGCCGUCUCCAAAUCUUGGACUUGGCAGAUAAUGUUCUCUCAGGAACAAUACCGAGAUGCUUCGGCAACUUUAGUGGAAUUGCAAACUCGUCAAUGUCAGAUGCUUUCGCUACUUAUGUUGGUAACUACAGACUGUACAGAGAUAAUACGUUCCUGGUGCAAAAAGGGAGAGAAGUGGAAUUCGGCAAAAUUCUUGGAAUUGUAGCAAGCAUAGAUCUUUCUAACAACAACUUAUCUGGGGAUAUUCCUGAGGAACUGACAAAUCUCCUCAGUUUGCAAACAUUGAAUUUAUCAGCAAAUCUUUUGACCGGAGGAAUCCCUUCGAUGAUCGGCAGAUUGAGGCAGUUAGAAUCACUUGAUUUGUCUACAAACCAACUUUCUGGUGAAAUUCCUCCAAGCAUAACUAAUUUGACGUUUCUGAGUCACUUGAACUUGUCUCACAACAGUCUGACAGGACAGAUUCCACAAAGCACUCAGCUUCUGAGUCUUGAUGAGUCCAGCUUUGUCGGCAAUGAGCUUUGCGGACCUCCACUCAGCAAGAAUUGCAGUGCAAACAAGGCGAUGCCACCAACACUUGAUCAGCAAGACAAAGGAUAUGAUUUACUGGAAGAUGAGUGGUUCUACCUGAGCUUGGGAUUGGGAUUCAUGGUUGGUUUUUGGUGUAUACUUGGUUCUUUGCUGGUAAACAUGCCAUGGAGCUUUGCUUUUUCACGAUUCCUCAGUAGCAUUGUGCUUAAACUUUACGCUGUAAUUGUUAAAUAUGUGUAGUUAGUUAUUUUUGUGGACUGUGUUUCGGCUUGCUAAAAUGAACUAGUGUACGUGUUUCUUUUGGCUUUGUCUGUAAUGUUCUCUUGGUUGUCACAAUAAAAGACUAAA